UGAGUCAGAAUCAACUCAAUAGCAACCACUUUGGGGUUUUUCGUUUGUUUGUUUUCUCCACUUUUUAUUUCUCUUCAGCCUAGGGAGAGUACUCCCCUGCAAUGACUGCAGUUGAAAGGUACUAUAUUAGGUUUUCCUGUGGGGGUGUGGGGAUUUUGUGUUCUUUUCCUCAGAUCAGCAGAAAUAUGCACCAAGGAAACCAAACUACCAUCUCUGAAUUCAUCCUCCUGGGACUCUCCAAACAUGCUGAACAACAGAAAGUUGUCUUGGUGCUUUUUUUGGGUAUGUACGUGGUCACAAUGGUUGAAAAUGGGCUCAUCAUCCUGGCCAUCAGCUUGGAUUCUUACCUUCACACCCCUAUGUAUCUCUUCCUUGCCAAUCUGUCCUUUGCUGAUAUGUCCUCCAUUUCCACCUCAGUCCCCAAAAUGCUGAUGAAUAUUCACACCAAGAGUCAAUCCAUCUCCUAUGAGAGCUGCAUCACACAGAUGUACUUUUCCAUUGUGUUUGUCAUCAUUGACAAUUUCCUCUUGGGGGUCAUGGCCUAUGAUCGCUUCGUGGCUAUCUGCCACCCUCUGAACUAUACAACCAUCAUGCAGCCCAGGAUCUGUGCUUUGCUGACAGUCAUCCCGUGGGUUCUCAGUAAUGUUGUUGCCCUGACACACACCCUUCUGCUCAUUCAACUGAUCUUCUGUGACAGCAACAUUCUCCCACACUUCUUCUGUGACCUGGCCCCUCUGCUCAAAUUGACCUGCUCAGAUACAAUGGUCAAUGAGCUCGUGUUAUUUGUCAUUGGUUUAUCUGUUAUCACCUUCCCCUUUGCCCUCAUCCUCUUCUCCUAUAUCCACAUUGUCAGUGCUGUCCUGAGAAUCUCAACCACAGAGGGAAAAUGGAAAGCCAUCUCCACCUGUGGCUCUCACCUGACAGUUGUAUUACUCUUCUAUGGGACCAUUGUAGGGGUUUACUUCUUCCCCUCAUCUACCCACCCUGAUGACAGAGAUAAGAUUGGUGCAAUACUAUUCACUGUGGUGACACCCAUGUUGAACCCCUUCAUCUACAGCCUGCGGAACAAGGACAUGAAAGGCGCCCUGAGAAAGCUCAUCAAUAGAAAAAAGUUUCUCCCUUCAAUGCCCUGGGCAUCUUAAUUCCUUUUAUCCUCAUAACUAGAUGGAUGGUUCUGCCCAGAGUUUGUAGCAUAGUUGUGAUGGUCCAACUAUUGAUGAACUUUCACGUCUCUGCCUCCUAUUCUAACCUCUGAGCAUUAUGCCCUGUUAAUCACAUAGCCCCCUCAGGGGUGUGUGACUGCCACCCAUUUAUUGGUACAGCUG